UAACAAAUGGCUAAGAAGCAGGAGAAGAGACAGUCUUGAGUGUCUCCUGAACAGCAGGUCAGGAAUAGGCUCAUGUCUCCUUUGUGACAGUAGAGGCAGGUAGAAAUCCCACCAAUACACACUUUGGAUUUGACUAGUCCUCACUUGUAAUGGCAGAAAAUAACACGAAGGACCCUCCUCCUCCAUACUCCUCUCUUGAGCCACAGCCUCCUCUCAUGACUUAUGAUCAGGUGGUUCAUGAGAGUUAUGGCACAACCCAUAGGACUGUACCAUACUAUGUUCCGAGGGAUCCAACACAAGUAGCUGCCAUCAUUGUUACACAGGAGACUGUGUUGCAUGCCAGUAGCAAGAAGCGGCAGUCCUAUGGACGGAGUACCAAGUGUCUCAUUGGAUGGGCAAUUGUUCUUUUGGUGCUUGCUGCCAUUGGGUUGGCCAUCUGGCUCGGAGUGCGAAAUGGACCCAGGGUGGAGUCAGACUCAGAGUCAAACCCCCAUGAGUCCAACGACCAUGAAUUAGACGAAAAUGAUUCAGGCGAACAUGAAUCAGACGAUGACGACGAGAAGAAUCACAUGAAGACCUGCUCCAACUUUACUGUAGAGUGUGACGCCAUCGAAGACUGCCAACAGGCCAGCGAUGAGACCAACUGCGUGCGAUUUGGCCAAGGUGGAGUUUUACAAGUCAGAACAGCUCAGGACGAACAAUUCCUCCCUGUGUGUUAUCCGGGCAUGGAUAAAAGUUACGCUGACCAGAUAUGUGUACAGCUGGGUUUCAGGAGAGCCUAUGCAUUAGGUCUAGUGGAGACCAAGACUUCCACGGUCCUUUCUUUAAAACCUAGAGAAGACAAACUUAUACAGGGUCUGGUCAGUGUCAGUUCGAGCUGUCCAAAUGAAAGAGCCAUCUCACUUGAGUGCACUGAUUGUGGCCAGCAAAAGCUUUCCUCCAGGAUUAUAGGGGGCAGUGUUUCUAAUGAUGGCCAGUGGCCUUGGCAGGUUAGCCUGCAUUUCAACAGUGGACAUGUUUGUGGUGGAGUAUUCAUCUCUCAGGACUUUGUGUUGUCAGCUGCUCAUUGCGUCCAACAAUCAAUGAUAAAUUCCGGAGGCUGGCGUGUAUAUGCUGGAUCGGUUUCCCAGAAUACUCUCAAGACCGCCUACAGUGUGAAAAAGAUUAUACUGCAUGAGAGUUACAAUGAUCAAAAUAAUGACUACGACAUUGCCUUGCUGAAACUCAGCAGCCCUGUGGAAUUCUCUAAUACUGUGCAGCCUGUUUGCCUUCCUACCUUUGACCAGAACUUUUCUGAAGAUCUAGAGUGCUGGAUAUCUGGCUUCGGGACAACAGAAGAAGGAGGAGCUUAUGCCUCUACAAAACUCAUGAGUGUAUCAGUGAACAUCAUUGACACACGUGUGUGCAACAGCAGCAGGGUAUAUAGAGGAGCCAUCUCCAACAACAUGAUAUGUGCUGGUGAUCUGAAUGGAGGCCGGGACUCCUGUCAGGGGGACAGUGGAGGUCCGCUGGUCUGUAAGGCACUAAAUAAUCGCUGGUAUCUGGCAGGGAUUACGAGUUGGGGGGCAGGCUGUGGACAAAAACUUAAACCAGGAGUAUAUAGCAGAGUGACCAGCCUUCUACCCUGGAUCUACAGCAAGAUGCAGCAAGAGAAGCCCUGAUGCCUCUCUUCUGCUUCUGGUGUGUCCAUGCUUGAGGAUCUGAACAAUGAUGGUGGACACACAGCAGUACAAUACUUGAAAAAUGCGGUGGAUUGAACAUGAAGGACAUACUAAUGCACUUUGACAUGGAACAGUGUUGCAAUACUGCAGACACAAUCGGUCAUACAAUAGACCUCAAUAGACCUCAUUUGAUGAUGCUGUUCCUACAUUCGGCUAUGAUAAUAUAUGAAAAACAAACUACCAUGCAGGGCAGAGCUGCAGAUGUGGCCCUGUGGUUCUCUACUGUGACUAUUAUUUCCAUUAUCUACCUUCUGUCUUUUCUUUGAAUUUAUACUGUAAAUCCAUUGAAUAAUGUUGAAUCUGGGCCUUUGCUGCUUCUUUAAAUGAAUAUGCUGCUUGCACUGAUUUUUACAACACAAGUUUAUUUUGAGUAUUGUGUAUGAUUAUAUUGCACUGUUCUAAAAAUCUGUAUUUUUAACCAAAUGGGUCUUUGAACUCAGAUGGCUUUCUGUGAAGGAUCUUAACUUAAUUAUUUUACAUAAAAAACUCAUAUCUUUUUAUAUCUUUGCAUAUAGUUUCUUUAUAAAUCAUGUCA